AUGACCAGCAGAGUUUCACGAGAGCCAAAUCGUCUGCUUGUGCUACGUGAUGGAUGGCAGCUGACUCCGCGUGGAAAGUACAUGCAGUUGUGCAACAUCCGCGGCAUUCGACCCGUGCUGCACCCACUGAUCACAGGUGAAUCCUCAAGCUUCACCAUGGCGGACGAAAACCUCGGUGAUGCCGACUUGCUGCCGUUGAUCCCUCUUUUAGAGGAGCUGCAACUCGAUGCAGCAGAUCUGUCUGGAAACCGUAUGCUCACAGAUAGGUCGCUUGUGCCAUUGAUCCGGUCACUGGCGCAGUCAGCUUUUUUGCGACGGCUCUGUUUCCGCUCGGUCCUGGGCCCCAGCAGCGCCGCGCUGCUUUCGGAAUUGCUGUUGAGUCGCACUGCCUUCAACAAGCUUGUCGCCUUGGAUGUCAGCGAGGUGCCGCUACAUAGGAAGAGCUUCCAGGCUCUGGCUGAGGCCAUCGCUCACCAUCCGACUAUGUUGGAGGUGAACUUGGCCAACACAGGUUUUGCUCCAUAUGCAACGGAUGGGAAGAUCUGCAUGAGCUGGCUGAUGUCAUGCCCACGCUUGCAGAAGCUGGACCUGUCAUGGAACUGCCUAGACAUUCCGGCUUUGCAGCAGCUUGGGCAAAGCUUGUCAAAGCAUCGCGCGCCCGAAAAGCUCAGCUUGGCUGGUUGCUCUGGGAGGUCUGCGCUGUCAUCAGACUUGCCCAUCGAAUACUUCCUGGAGCUGUUGUCCCAGAACAACACCCUCAAGCAACUUGAUCUCUCCCUGAACCACAUGGACUAUCGUGCGGCUCUGAUCCUUGAAGAUGCCCUUGAGAGCGGUCCUCUUCAGACUCUGGAUCUCAGCGAGAAUCCGCUUGGUCAGGUCGGUGUGCGAAGCAUCCUCAGGCUUUUGUGCAGCAGCCAGUCCAAGCUUCGAUUCAUCGCUCUUCGUGGCUGCACAGCUGGAGCUGUUCAGCCCGGCCUGGAUGCGAAGCAGAUCUUCAGCUAUGUGAAUCCGAGUGGGCUGUAUGAUCUGGAUCUGUCUCGCCCAUAUCAUCGGAGCCUGUUGCGCAUGUUGUACAAGAAGUGUGAGCUGUCUGGCCAAACUUUCGCUUCGGCAUUCCAAAUCCAGAGCACAACGACGGCAUACAGCCAUCCGGACAAGAAGGAGGGAAGAUACCCAAUGCCGCAAAGUGGGAGGCUCUCCACGGCAUUCUCGCUGGCCUGGCGUGACGAUGGAGAAGAUAUGUGGGGAUAUGCGAGGGCGGUGUAUCUGAACUGGACCUGCCGUCGAUUUUCUCCUUCUGUCCACAAGACAGCCCAGUUGCUAUACCAUUGGCAACUGGCACAAGAGAACCCCCAGGAGCAGCUCAUGAUACUGGAGGUCAUGGCCAAGGACUUCAUGAUUUCCUCGGCCUUGCUCCAGGAGAUGUGUGCUGGCAACCCAGAUAUGCUGAAGAACAUUCUGACGCGUCUGAUGCACUGUGUGAGUGGUGGUCGCUCUGAGAAGUUUCUCACUAUGAUGCGUGCGCCGACAGUGGCAAUUUACCUUCGCCUGCUGGAGGGAGUGAAGAAACUGCUCUUGUUCACACCGGAAAACCCUACGGGUCAUUACUACUUGGAGAUGUCCAACAGCGCAGACUUUGCAUUGGCUGAGCAGAUUUUGGUUUUGAACCAGUGGGAGAUCACGAUUGAGGAGCGCCUGGCCUAUGCAGAUACAUCUCAGUUCGGCAACCGCUGUCACCUUCGCAACAUGACCUAUGCAGGGCGGCGCCUGCCUGUCCAGGACGUGAAACAAUGGAUCCUGCCGACGUCUGACGCUUUUGCAUUCGACUAUGUAAGCUGCAAACGGCCCAGCGGCAAUGAUUCCACACUAGAAAGCUCAGACUUCGACAAGCUGCUGAAAUCACUUUCGAGGAUGAAGAAUCUCUCCUCGGAAGUUCGACUCAGAGCCUUAAGAAGCGUGUCCACGAUGCUCUACCUGACGUCCGUGCAAAUGCGCCAACUGCUAACGCUCUUUGAGGAGGAGUAUCGGGCUCGCUGUGCGGUCAUCUUUUUCUUCAGAGUGGUCGACAUGCAGAAUGAGAAGGUAUUUCGGUGUAUCUUCGAAGAUCCUGAGCAGCUGCUCAGCCUCCGGAAGAGCCUUGGGUUUCUGGCCUCCUUCCCCUACGUGCAGCCAGACCAUUGGACCGUUGAGCUCGAUCUCAGCCAGCACGACCAACGGAGGGCACUUCAUUGCCUGUGGACACUUGCGGAGCACGAGAAGAUAGAGCACUUGACGCACGUGGUGUAUACCACUGGCAGCGGUCACGUCAUUCAGGGUAGCGACUUCUUGGUUCCUCGAUCCUGGAUGACGUGGGAGACUGUGCCAACUAGUGGAAAAAUCAAGGUGACCUACACUGGGGGCAAAGAUACCCGCAAUUGGGCUUACCGGAAAAAGCUCUACGAGCAGUAUGGCCUCUGGAAGUUGGACUGCAACAAUUCCCAGGUCCAGUGGUGGGCCUCCUUGACGGAAGCGCCAGCCGAGGUGGUAAAGUUCCUGCAGAUGCUGGUCGGUCGGUUCAGCGACUUUGACCAAGCCUUCACGUUCAUGGAUGGUGGUGUGAAAGGGAAUGGCGUCAUUAAUUUGAAGGAGCUGUAUGAACGCAUGCGCCGCAUGGGCAUCAAGUCUUUGAAAGGACCCUUUUGUCAGAAGGUCUUCCGCUUUCUAGAUCCAAAUGGAAGCGGGAGCAUCUCACGAGAGGAGUGGACUGAACUGGCCGACUUGUACAAGGAGGUCAGCAUGAGACUCAACGAGUUCGCACUUUUCUUGGAGCGACAGUUUCCAUCAUCGCGCGGAGUGCUUCGAAAGGUGUGGGAUCUCCUCGAUCCUGAAGGCGUGGGCAGUCUGUCCCGCAGCAAGUUCGAGAAAGCUGUGCGGAAUCAGCUCGGGUUCUUGGGAUCGACUCGUAUCAUUGUUGAAUUCCUGGACCUUGACGAUACGGACAGCAUCGACUGGCAGGAAAUGCUGCAGCUGGAACGCUUCAUGAGAGAUGUGCGCCCACAAAGUGCCCGACUUGUCCAACCACCGACUCCUCCGGAUGGGUCUGCGUCUUCCAGGAAACCAAUUUCGAGGAGGAAAUCAGCGCUUGCCAGUUUGUGA